UAUACUCCAAAAUAGAGCAGGUUGUUGCCUAAUCUUUUUAUACCCAUUAUUGUAUGUGUGACCAUUGGAUGCCUGCAUUUUCUCAGAAAAUGCCACCCGUAACUGCGCUUCAAUCGAGGACUCACUCAUUCAUCUGCAGCACAGCAGCAACCAUGGACAUGGUGGUGUGGUGAGAUUGUAUUUGCGUGUUUUUCAAAUAGUUGAUCCUCAAAAAAAAAAAAAACACAGUAAUAUAUAAUAAACAAACCCAACUUCAAAUCAAAACAAAAAGCAAAACCCCAAAAAAGGACCUUCGAAAAUGGGCUCCUCCAAUUUCAUCAUCAUCAUCACGCCUUCCAUCUGAAGCAAAUAUCAUUCCAUCCAUUGCUCCUCUUUCACUCAAUACAUUCAUCUCUGCCUGCAAUUUUGCUAAGCAAUCAAAGCCCUACUUCGACAACGCACACACUGCGAGACUCAGGUUCUCUCUUUGUUGCACAGUGGAGCAGUAUCACCAUGCUAAAGCAAAUUCUGGCCAAGCUUCCUCGGAAGUCAUCAAAAUCUGAUUCAUUAGAUUCUGCUGGGAACAAUUCUGCCAAUAAUACUCCCAACUUGGGCACUGGAAUCCAAUUUACUAAUGGUUGUACUAUCGUUUCAAGCCGAUUGAAUGUUGUUAAACGGAUGUCUUCGGCAAUUUUCCCAGCGAGCAUCACAACUGGAGUGGAGGCGGUGGAGCCCCAUGUACCCUUCAAAGAUGUUUCAAAUUCGGAGAAACAAAGCCUUCUUGUCAGUAAGUUGAACCUAUGCUGUAUGGUGUAUGAUUUCAGCGAUCCAGAUAAUAACUCUGUAGAGAAAGAUCUUAAACGUCAGACUCUACUUGAACUCGUUGAUUUUGUUGCUUCUGGGUCUGCAAAAUUUAAUGAAUCAGCAAUUGCUGCAAUGUGUAAAAUGUGUGCAGUUAACCUGUUUAGAGGUUUUCCAUCCAAGUCUCGCUCUCAUGGUACUCAUGGUGAAACAGAGAUUGAAGAACCAAUGUUUGAUCCAGCUUGGUCACAUUUACAAGUAGUUUAUGACCUACUCCUACGGUUUGUUAGUUAUAGUUCUCUUGAUGCAAAGUUAGCAAAAAAAUAUGUAGAUCAUUUGUUUAUAUUAAGAUUACUUGAUCUAUUUGAUUCGGAGGACCCAAGGGAAAGAGACUGUUUGAAAACCAUUCUGCAUCGGGUUUAUGGGAAGUUCAUGGUGCACAGGCCUUUUAUAAGAAAGGCUGUGAGCAAUAUUAUCUAUCAUUUUGUUUUUGAAACUGAACGGCAUAAUGGAAUUGCCGAGUUGUUAGAGGUUUUUGGUAGUGUAAUUAGUGGGUUUGCUUUACCAUUGAAAGAGGAGCACAAGAUGUUUUUGUCAACAGCUCUGAUUCCUCUACACAAACCCAAAUCAGUGGGUAUUUAUCAUCAACCAUUAACAUAUUGCAUUGUACAGUACAUAGAGAAGGAGCCAAAGUUGGCCAGUACUGUGAUAAAGGGACUGUUGAAAUACUGGCCAGUAACAAAUAGCCAAAAGGAGUUGAUGUUCUUAAGUGAGUUGGAAGAGCUCUUGGAAAUGAUUAACAUGGCUGAGUUCGAAAAGGUCAUGGUUCCAUUGUUUCGGCGUGUAGCAUGCUGCCUUAAUAGCUCCCAUUUCCAGGUGGCUGAACGGGCACACUUCUUAUGGAACAACGAGCACAUCCUUAAUCUUAUCAUGCAUAAUCGGCAGGUGAUUGUGCCUCUCGUCUUGUCAGCUCUAGAGCGGAACACCCAAAACCACUGGAACCAAGCGGUUCUGAACCUGACACAAAACGUGAGGAAGAUGUUCUGUGAGAUGGACGAGGACCUGGUAAUUACUUGCCAAGGCAGAUUUGAGGAGGAUAAUUCAAAGUUGAGUGUGGCAGCCGAGAGGCGGAGGUUGAUAUGGGAGCGCCUGGAAGCAGCUGCUGGUUUUCAACCUGUAGUUAAUACUAAUAAUAUAUCAGGUCUGGUAAAAUCUGCCACGUGUGCUGUUAGUUGCUAAUUGUUUGAGCAGUAGCUUCAUGUGGUGGGGCUAUGAUUGCUAUAUAUGAAGUUGAUUCUUCAAUAUGGAUGUAUUUGUAUGCUUGUAGGAUUGUUUUUGCUCUGUGAUUAAAUGAAGCUAUCUUUGAGUGUUGUGGUGCUGC